AUGACUGUCUUUGGUAUUGGUCUCUUUUCUGCUGCUGCUGCUCCUGCUGAAGAAAGCCAUGUUCAAGUGAGCCACAAAGGUUCUGAAGUCCUUCUCGAGCGUCGACAAUACCAGCAUCACUUUAAGGAAUGUGGUGAUGCUAUGCUGAAAAUGGAGAAUAAUGCAAUGUAUUGUUCUGAUGGCUCUACUCCUGUGGGUCUUCCUGAUAUACCUUGUAAAGACACAAAAAGAAUUUAUACUUAUCACUAUGGCUGUAUCAGUAGAGCACAUAGUAUGUUAUACCAAGCGCCAAAGAACAUAGCCUAUUAG